UCUAAUAACGGACUGGAUAGAAAACCAGCGAUUGAUCCGCCCAAGAUAGCAACGUUGGGGUAAUUGUUGCUCUACAGUUUGAUUCACGCAGGGAAAUUCGAUUGUUUGGAAGAGAUGCCUGGGUGAUUUUGAUAGGUUUUUGUGCCUGCGGCAAGGGGGUCGGCUUCGAUUUUUGCUUUUUCUCCGGUAGGGUUUUGGGGAGGGAACGAUGGUUAAUUCUAUGGUGGAGAGGGCGACCAGCGACUUGCUGAUUGGGCCUGAUUGGGCGAUGAAUAUUGAGAUCUGUGACAUUUGCAAUCGUGAUCCUGCACAAGCAAAAGACAUUGUGAGAGGUAUAAAAAAGCGUCUUGGUAGCAAGAAUUCGAAAGUCCAGCUUCUUGCCUUAACAUUAUUAGAGACCGUUGUAAAGAAUUGUGGUGAUAUUGUCCACAUGCAUGUUGCUGAGAAAGAUUUACCUCACGAGAUGGUAAAAAUUGUUAAAAAGAAGCCAGACUUUCAUGUGAAAGAGAAGAUAUUAACUUUAAUUGAUACUUGGCAAGAAGCUUUUGGAGGACCUAGGGCAAGGUAUCCCCAGUUCUUCAUAGCAUACCAGGAUUUAGUGCGUCUUGGGGCAGUUUUCCCUCAGAGAUCUGAAAAUUCAGCUCCUGUUUUCACUCCAGCACAAUCACAUCCUCUGACAUCUUAUCCCCAAAAUAUUCACAAUCCUGAAUCUAUGCCAGGUGCUGCUGAAUCUUCUGCACAAGCUGAAUUUCCGACAUUGAGCUUGACUGAACUUCAAAAUGCUCGUGGUAUCAUGGAUGUUCUUUCUGAAAUGCUGAAUGCUUUAGACCCUGGUAACAAGGAGGGACUCAAGCAGGAGGUCAUUGUCGAUCUAGUUGGACAGUGCCACGCAUUUAAGCAAAGAGUGGUACAACUGGUUAACUCGACCUCGGAUGAAGCAUUGUUGUCCCAAGGACUAGCCCUGAAUGAUGACCUGCAACGUGUACUAUCAAAGCACGAAUCAAUUGCUUCUGGAACUGCAACCAUUCAAUCAGAGAAGCCGAAACCUGAAUCUUCUCAAGCUUUGGUCCCUGUUGAUACUCCUCUGAUCAGCACUGCUGAUACCGGUAGCAAACAAGCAGAUAAGGGAUCCACAUCCAAUACUAGCUCCCAGAUACCGUUGGCAGUCUCUGGCCCUCCGACUACUAAUCAGGCUACAACUCCAACGAAGGCAGCCGAUCCCAAGAUAGAUCUUUUGAGUGGAGAUGACUACAACUCUUUGGCACUUGUACCCGUCGGACAGCCUCAACCAGCAAGCCCCGUCGCUUCUCAGCAAAAUGCUCUAGUGCUUUUCGACAUGUUCUCAGACAAUAAUCACAAGACAAAUGAUACUCGGCCUCUGAACUCUCCACAACCCUAUUCUUCAUCGCCUCAGUUUCAGCAACAGCAGAAUUUUCAGCCCCCACAACCCUCCUCACCGUACCCAAAUGGAAGCAUUAAUCUCCAAGGUUCUGGUUCUGUCUGGAAUGGCCAGACAACUCCACCUCAGCAGCUGCCGCCUUCUACAGUUUACAGUGCUCAGAGCAGUGGCGCCCUACCCCCUCCACCAUGGGAAGCCCAACUUGACAACAGCGUUUCAGCCUUCACCCAGCCUCAGCAAACCCAACCAUACAACGGCGCCCAUCUUACAAUGAUGGGCAACCACCCCCACCCCCACCCCGCCAUGCCUGUUAACCAAAUGCCGGCCUUGAAUCCAAAUCCGUAUCCCUUCCAGAGCCCACAGCCCAUGGUCAUGUAUCCCCAGCCGAUGCAGAUCAACCCGAUGGGCUACAUGUAUCCCCAGCAGCAGAUUUACGCCAACCAGAUGGUCGGAUUUGGCUACGGGUAUCACUACACCCACACCCAACCCCAACCUCAAAGCCGCCCCCAAUUCCUUCAGCAAAGCAUGUCGGCCCUGUCUCUGAGGGAUGCUGCCUCCGGUGGCGGCGGCCUGCGAAGCUCUCCGUACUCUAUUGCUGCCUCCAAUGCCAGGCCUUCUUCUAAGCCAGAGGACAAACUAUUCGGAGACCUCGUCGAUAUCUCGAAAUUCAAACCCAAAACCACACCUGGUGCAGCUGCUGGGAGCAUGUAAAGAUGAUGAUGAUGAUGAUGGAUGGUUGAGUUGGUCCUAUACUGGUUUCCUUUUGGUUUAUCCUUUGUCGGUGGGUAUCAUAAUCCCUCUCCUCCUUCCAUUGCUGUCUGUCUGUCAGUAUUUCUUCUCAGAACAGCACAGAAAUGGUAACUCUGAAAUUCGUUGGAGAAACAAACAGUUUUCUUUACUAGUGGAGGGUGAAUGUUAAAGAUUUUUUGUUUUUGCUGGUUGAAGUUGGUUGGUGUGUAUUGUGUAUAGUAUAAGUGGUCCUUGAUCAGUUGCAGUAGUGAUGCUCUCUGUAAUAAGCAUAUAAUAAAAGUCGUGGAUUUGAUUGGAUUUC